UACAAUGUUGAAGAAAUUUAUGUAGACGCUUAUUAGGUAAUAGAAGGUCCGGUAAUAGAAGAACUUACUUCAACAAAAUGUUUAUAAGGAGCAAGUUAUUAACUUUGUGUCACACAUGCACUAAAGAUUUAAAUGUUGCAAUAAACAUGACUGCACAAAGGCGCCUUCAUUCUGUUUCGAAAACUGUAUGUAUUUCUCAACUGAGGAGACUGAAAAUAAGAAGACACUAUGGAACAAACAGACCAGUGGUUACUCACACAAUGGAUGAAGAGGAGCUAAAACUUUUCCGUUCAUUGGCAAACUCAUGGUGGAAUGAAACAGGGGACUUUGAAGCCCUUCAUGCCAUGAACAAACUCAGGGUCCCGUUCAUCAGGGAUGGCCUCGUGCAGACUAGAGAAGAACCAUCACCCAGUAUCUCACAGCCUCUUCAGGGUCUGAGUAUUGUAGAUGUUGGCAGUGGAGGUGGUCUCCUGUCUGAGCCGCUAGCCCGACUUGGAGCAUUUGUUGUGGGUGUGGAGCCAGUAGAGGAGAGUACACGUGUUGCCCAAUUACACCUGGAGGAUGACCCUGUACUUAUGUCUAGGGUCAAGUACAUUACAGGCAGUGUUGAGGACCUGGUUGGAACAGAAUCGGAGAUGUUUGACGCUGUUGUUGCAUCAGAGGUGGUAGAACAUGUUGCUGACCUGGAAAUGUUCAUUGAGGCCUGUUGUACUCUUGUCAAGCCUGGUGGUUCUUUGUUUGUAACAACAAUGAACAAGACGUUGCUAUCUAAAGGCCUGGCGAUAUAUGGGGCGGAGCGAGUGUUUAGGGUCGUACCGGAGGGCACCCAUGACUGGGAAAAGUUUGUCCCUCCUGAGGACCUCAGGGCUUUGCUGGAGAAAAAUGGGAUGCACACACGGUUGAUACACGGGAUGCUGUACAUGCCGGUGUUGCGGGAGUGGCGCUGGGUCCAGGACACCAACAUCAACUACGCUCUGCAUGCAGUCAAGGACUAAACUGUGUUAAUGCCAUCAAAUUAUAAACUGCGUUUAUGCAACAAGAACUAAAAUGUGUUAAGUAAGGGUUUGGCUUAUGUCAUUGUGUGGAUAAGCUUUACUUAAAACACACAGACCUCUGUGCUUAUUUGUUCUAAGGCACAGACAGAAUUAAAUUAAAAGUAAUAUGAUAAUAUUGGUCAUCAAUUAACAGAUAUUUAUAAUAAUUUAAACAGCGGAUAUCCUGAUUAUACUAUCAAUACAAUAGGCUUUUGACUUGAAUGAUCACCAUGUUUGCUCUUUGCAUGUACAUGUCAUUUUGUACAUGUUAUUUUGUCUGCUACAAUUCUUAAGAAAAGCUGAGUGUCUUGAAUGAAUUUCAUAGAAAUGACUGCCAGUACAAUAACUAGUCCAUGAUAUUUUAUCGACCCCUGCAGGGCAUGGCAGACGCAUGGAGAUUCGUUGUCUUACCUCGUCCUUAAUCGAUAACAUCUACUGUUGUAUUGCACUUCUGUUUAAUCAUGUUGCAAAAAGAUGCCAAAAGAUUGUUAUGUUUUAUGAAAAUAUAGUGACUACAGAUUA